UCCUUUCAAAUUUAGUAUACAUUUUCCCUUGUAGAGUUGUAAUGAGACCAAAAUGAUGGUUUUUGCUUGACUUUGCUUACAUUUCUUAAAAUCAAAAUGAGAAGCUUGAAUAAAUGGCUGAGUAAUUUUCAUUUUCAAAUUUAAAACAUGAUUCAGAUAUAUAUUAUUGAAUUUUGCUACAUUAGAAUGGGAGACUUGAUUCAUACCUUGACUGUAAUAGCGAAGUGACACAAGUCACAAAUCAUGAUCAGAUUUAUUCUUUUGUUCAAGUGCUUUUGUGAUAUCUUGUCUGACUGUAAUAUUUUUGUUUUACAUAGGUCGCUAAUUAAUAGAAGAUGGCAAAGCCCAGCCACAGCAGCUACGUCCUUCAGCAGCUAAACAACCAAAGGGAAUGGGGUUUUCUCUGUGACUGUUGUAUUGCAAUUGAUGACAUUUACUUUCAAGCACACAAAGCCGUUCUAGCUGCUUGUAGCUCCUAUUUUAGAAUGUUUUUCAUGAACCAUCAGCAUAGUACUGCACAGCUGAAUCUCAGCAACAUGAAAAUUAGUGCUGAGUGUUUUGAUCUCAUUUUGCAAUUUAUGUAUUUAGGAAAAAUAAUGACAGCUCCCUCCAGUUUUGAGCAGUUUAAAGUGGCCAUGAAUUACCUACAGCUGUACAAUGUUCCUGACUGCUUAGAAGACAUACAGGAUGCGGAUUGUUCUAGUUCAAAAUGUUCAUCAUCUGCUUCUAGCAAACAGAACAGCAAAAUGAUAUUUGGGGUGAGAAUGUAUGAAGAUACUGUGGCUAGAAAUGGCAGUGAAGCCAAUAGGUGGUGUGCAGAGCCAAGUUCAACAGUAAAUACACCACAUAACAGAGAGCCUGAUGAAGAGUCUUUACAAUUGGGUAAUUUUCCUGAACCACUAUUUGACGUGUGUAAAAAAAGUUCUGUGUCCAAAUUAUCUGCUCCAAAAGAACGUGUGUCACGACGCUUUGGACGAAGUUUUACCUGUGAUAGUUGUGGAUUUGGCUUUAGCUGUGAAAAAUUAUUAGAUGAGCAUGUGCUAACCUGUACUAACAGACAUUCUUAUCAAAACACGAGAUCCUAUCACAGAAUAGUAGAUGUUAGAGAUGGAAAAGAGAGUAAUAUCAAAGCUGAAUUUGGUGAAAAGGAUUCUUCUAAGACAUAUUCUGCACAGACAGACAAAUACAGAGGAGACACAAGUCAGCCUGCUGAUGAUUCAACUUCAACCACUGGAAGCAGAAAGAGUAGCACAGUGGAGUCUGAACUAGCCAGUGAAGAAAAAAGCAGAGCUGCCGAGAGAAAAAGAAUCAUUAUCAAGAUGGAACCAGAAGAUAUUCCUACAGAUGAACUGAAAGACUUUAACAUUAUUAAAGUUACUGAUAAAGAUUGUAAUGAAUCCACUGACAACGAUGAAUUAGAAGAUGAACCUGAAGAGCCAUUUUACAGAUACUAUGUUGAAGAAGACGUCAGUAUUAAAAAAAGUGGUAGGAAAACUCUAAAACCUCGAAUGUCAAUGAAUGCUGAUGAAAGAGGUGGUUUAGAAAAUACGCGACCCCCUAACAACAGCAGUCCAAUACAAGAAGAUACUGAGAAUGCAUCUUGUGAACUGUGCGGACUCACAAUAACUGAGGAGGACCUGUCAUCUCAUUACUUAGCCAAGCACAUUGAAAAUAUCUGUGCAUGUGGUAAAUGUGGACAAAUACUUGUGAAGGGUAGACAACUUCAGGAACAUGCUCAAAGGUGUGGAGAGCCCCAAGAUCUGACAAUGAAUGGGUUAGGAAAUACUGAGGAGAAAAUGGACAUGGAAGAGAAUCCUGAUGAGCAGUCUGAAAUAAGAGAUAUGUUUGUUGAAAUGUUGGAUGAUUUUAGGGACAGUCAUUUCCAGAUAAACAGUAUCCAAAAAAAGCAGUUAUUUAAACAUUCUGCCUGUCCUUUUCGGUGCCCUAAUUGUGGCCAGCGUUUUGAAACUGAAAAUCUAGUGGUUGAACAUAUGUCUGGCUGCCUAGACCAAGACAUGUUUAAGAAUGCUAUCAUGGAAGAAAAUGAAAGAGAUCACAGACGAAAGCAUUUUUGUAAUUUGUGUGGAAAAGGAUUUUAUCAGCGGUGUCAUCUAAGAGAACACUAUACUGUUCAUACUAAGGAAAAACAGUUUGUGUGUCAGACAUGUGGGAAGCAGUUUUUAAGAGAACGUCAGUUGCGACUGCACAAUGAUAUGCACAAAGGCAUGGCCAGUGGUGAAAUAGGGCCUUCUAAACCUCUGGAGAAGUGAGAUCUGAAUUUGGAGAGGACCUGGGGAAGAAUCAAUCUUCAACAGAUAAUCUUUAAAUCCAGACCCAGGAAUAUCAGAUCUGAAGUGACACCAUCUUUUCUGUCUUCCUGACAAACCUCAUCAGCCCCAAAUGUUCCAGUUACAAGCAUCCAAGAAAACUCAGAAAAGACCACUUUGAAAUCACUUUGUUGUGACAAAAUUGAAUCACGGCGACUCUCUUAGUAUCUGUGGAAAAUCUGCUAAAGAAAAGUAGAAUAUUCAUAAGACUUCAAUGGGUAAAGUUACACUAAAAUGAAACUAUAUGCUGAUUAUCUUCAAGGGUCUCUUCUAAAAUGCUUGCUAGGCUACUGUAAAUAUCUAUCUAUAGUAAUAAAAGCAUAAUAUGCUAAUUAGACCAGGCAGCCGAACAACCUUCCAGAUGACCUUGA